UUGGAGAGUCGUGAGCCCUCGUGUCCGAAAUACACUACUUCCAGAAGAACAUGACUUCUCAGUGACAUGGAAAGAGAUGGAAUCUGGUCCCCAGGAAAGAAGUGGCAACCAGAGUGACCCAGUUCUUUGAAGCAAAUGAUGGCUGCAGUAGCGGGUCCCCAGGCAUACCCAUCCUCAAACAAGGACUCCACACAGGGACAGAAAUUAGCCCUUCAGGGCAACAGCCCUGACUUCGAGGCCUCCCGCCAGCGCUUCAGGCACUUCUGCUACCAGGAGGUAGCUGGCCCCCAUGAAGCUUUUAGCAGACUCUGGGAACUCUGUUGUCAGUGGCUGAGACCUAAGACACACUCAAAAGUGCAAAUCCUGGAGCUGCUGGUUUUGGAGCAGUUUCUGACCAUCUUGCCAGAGGAGAUCCAGACCUGGGUGAGGGAGCAGUGUCCAGAAAAUGGCGAGGAAGCUGUGGCUCUGGUUGAGGGUGUGCAGAGAGCUCCUGGACAACAGGUCCCAGAUUCUGGGAAGGACUUGAAAGUGCUUGUGGAGGAGAUCGCUCCUUUGGGAGCAGCCAGAGAAUUACUCAGAUCCCAACAGAAACAGGAGGUUCAGCCAGAAGAGCAAACUUUGAAGCAGUCACGAGGCUCACACCAGAGACCAUGGGAACACUCAGAAGCCUGGCUUGUUCCUCAGGUUCCCAGGAAUCUGCCCCUGAAGAGGGGUCUCCGAGAGCAGGAGACAGGUGCUGUGGUCUGGACUGGUGGGUCCCAGGGAUCAGCCACGUGUGAGGACAGAGCUGUAUCCUUCUGUCAGCAAGAACAGAUGUGCGUUGGCCCUGCACAAAGGGCUCUCUGCAGGGGAGCUACCCAGAAGAAUGACAGGCACAUCUCUCUUGCUACAGGUGUGCACUGGGACUAUGAAGAGACCAAGACACUCCUGGCUGUUCUCAGUAGAUCUCAAUUUUAUGAAAGACUCCAGGCCUGUCAGCAGAGCAGCCAGAUCUACAGGGUCGUGGCGGAACGACUCCAGGAACAGGGCUUCCUGCGGACCCCAGAGCAAUGUCGCACCAAGUUCAAAAGCCUGCAGUUGAGUUAUCACAAAGUGAGGAGAGGCUGUGUGUCUGAACCUUGUAUCUUUUAUGAGGAAAUGGAUGCCCUUUCAAGCUCCUGGGCCUCUGCAUGUCCUAUGGCAAGUGAUGCUGUUCUUGGCCAAGAGGCUGGAGAGCUGAGUCAGCAGAACAGGGAGCCCACAGAGGUUGUAGAUGAUGGCACUGUGGAUGGUGCAGGCCGGGAUGAAAAGGAUCUCAGGAAUUCUGGCCAGGAAGUCCAGAGACGUGACCUGCCAGUCCUGUUCCCAAACAGACUUGGUUUUCAGUUCAAGAAUGGGAUUAAAAAAGAGAGUCCGAAAUGGGAUGAUUCAGAGGAAAUAGAAAUGAACAAGGCUUUACAGGGAAAGUCUAGUGCAGAAACUUUUUGGCACUCUGAGCUAACAAAUGGCUGGGAGAGUAAGCCAGUGUCAGGACUGGAAAAAGCUUCCCGAUGUCCCGAAUGUGGAAAAAGCUUUAGCCGAGGUUCUUAUCUUGUUCGGCAUCAGAGAAUCCACACGGGUGAGAAGCCUCACAAGUGCAGUGAAUGCGGGAAAGGCUUUAGUGAGCGCUCCAACCUCACUGCCCACCUGCGAACUCACACAGGGGAGCGGCCCUACCGGUGUGAGCAGUGUGGGAAAAGCUUUAACCAGAGCUCCAGCCUCAUUGUGCACCAGAGGACACACACGGGGGAGAAGCCUUAUCAGUGCACCAUCUGUGGAAAGAGAUUCAACAACAGUUCCCAGUUCAGUGCUCACCGGCGCCUCCACACUGGGGUGAGCCUGUACAAGUGUGUGGAGUGUGGGAAAAGCUUCAACAAUAGCUCCCAUUUCAGUGCCCACCAGAAAACCCACACUAGGGAAAAGCCUUACAAGUGCUCUCAGUGUGAAAAGAGCUUCAUUAAGAACUCUGCCUUCACUCACCAUGAGGCAGUGCACAUAAAAGAGGUACUCACAUCACAGGAAGGGAGAGGUGUAUUGUAAGUGUGUAGGAGGACCUGCAGAUCACUUCCUUAGGUCAGCAUGUGUUUUGUAGAGCUUCUGCUGUGGAGAGGUAUAGCCAAUCCCUGACUUAGCAGUAGGCUUAUUGACAACCAGUUCUUAUCCACCAUGUCCAGGAACAGUAAUCAGCCUGAGACUGACCUCCUUCUAGCUGUGCCUGUGACUCCAGAGUCUUGUCUCACUGUGACUUAAAGUUUGCUUUGAUGGGGAGGCCAUAAGUCCUGCCAGAAAACCAAGGUCUCCCUGUUCUCAACACUGAGAAUGGGUGGCCAGUGAUCUGAGAAAUGUUUCUGGGAAAGGUCAGAGUGUGGCAAAAGUCCUCACAUAGGGCUGAUAAAUUCUCCCCCUUUUGGGAAGCACAUUUAGAGGUUAAGAGCAUGGAUCUCUUCUAAACCAAUAAUUGACUUCCAGACACCUACUUGUACUGCUGCUACCUUCAGGGCAGAUGAUCAGUGCUCUUUGUAACCCAGACACCACCUUAAGGGAAGAAAGGGAAGGAAGAAAGGUCAAGCCACUGGAUAAUAUUGAAUCUGUUUCCCUAAGUGACUUAAUCUUAGAGUAAGCAUAAAAUCUAGGUUGAUCUUUGUAAGAUUUCUCAUUUUACCAUCAUCUCCCCCAGUUCCUGAUUGUCUCUUACAGUAAAUGGCUUCUAAACAUUACUCUUUUUGAUAAUAGUUUAUAAACUAUUAUAAACAAGUUCACAAACAUUACUAUCUCCUUUGGCAACUGGCUGGUACGAGGCUCUGAAUCCUUAGCCUUAGUGUUAUCAACAC